AUGGGUUCCACCCCGCGAGCACGACGCCACGCCCUAGACCCCAGCACCUCAUCGUCCGUCAGAGCCUUCCUCGUGCCCCAGUCAGACUCCCGCAUCCCCCACGGCCCAGCCAACCAACCUCCAACCGACAAACUCCUCAAAACCGUCCCUACAUCCCUCCGCAACCGCGCUAAAUCGCUCCAUGAACCGCAUCCCCUCCCCUUCCGCUGGACCCUGCCACCCAACGCGCGCUUCCGCAUCGGCGAUCCGGAAGCCUUCGCUGCUUUGCAAGUCAAGAAUAUAGAAUGGUAUGUAACCACCGGUCUACUAGUUGAAGAUUUCACGGGUCUACGCUGGAACGCAGGGAGCUACACGUAUCUUCUGUAUUGGCAUGUAGAAGGCAUGCCUACGCCCGAUGGUGUUGCGGAUGCAGGUAGGAAGUGGUUGAGUAUCAACCCGGGUUUCAUGCGGGAUUGGCAGAAGGAGAAGUGGGAGAGGGAAUUUGGGGAUGAGGUUCUAGUUGUGGAAGAUGAGCCUGCGACGCCGAUUGUUGAGCGAGAAGAUUCGGGUUUGAUUGAUCAUCCCAUUCCUGUUGUUACGGUGGGUAAUCGGCCGCCUACACCGAGUCGAGAGAGGUGUCUUCUUCCGGGGUCGAAAAGCGCACUGAGGAGUAGCUGUCAGAGUAGGCCGGUGUCCCCUUCGCCAUCCCUGGUCUCUGAUACUGGGUCUGAGUCGCCGAGGAGAGAUAAAAAGGUAAGAUUGCUGAGGGAGAAGCGGAAGAGGAUUGUGAUGUGGGAAGCUGAUGAUGAUGAGGAUGUGCCGGUGGCAGAGGAAGGUAAGUUUGUUGAGACGAUGGUGGAUGAGGUGGACACUCUGAGUGAUAAUGAGGGGAGGACGGCGAGGAAUUGGGGGUGA